AUGGCUACUCCUGUGGUUCCGUCCAAGUCCAAUGUCUCUGGAAUCCCUCCUACUGCCGAAGAGGUCAACAGCCUUGUGAAGAAAAUCCUCGAGACCGACAACGGUCAGACCGCACUCGAUGCCUCCUAUGCGCUGACCAAUCUCCUGAUUCAAUCCGUUGGAAUCCGAGCCUUGCUGGCUUACAACCUGAUACCAGAGAUCAAGAAGGCGGCGGUUGACAAGAAAAAUGCGUCCAAGCGUGAGAGUGCCAUGUACAUCUUGGGGGCCAUGUUCGAGAGAUUUCCUCGUGAACAGCCCCUCAGCGAAGUCGUCUUUUUAGUGCAGGAUGGGGGACUGUUCCAUCUUGUCCUCGAUGGCUUGGCCGACAAGGGCGCUUCGGUGCGAGAGUCGGCCCAGUAUGCCGUCGAUGAGCUGUUUAAAAACCUGGAGCCUGAAGCCUUGGUCGUGGGCCUCCUGCCCGCUCUACAACGAUACCUGUCCAAGCCUACCGGCAAGUGGCAAGGAACUGUUGGAGCUUUCACCUUGCUCGGAAAGAUGGCCGACAAGGCCCAAAUUGGUGCAGGCUCGAAAGAGGAGGAACAGGCCAAGGACGUCUUGCGAGAGUCCAUGGGUCGCACGCUGAAAGAGCUCAUUCCGGUGGUGGAAGCAGGAAUGCAUGACUUGAAGUCCGAGGUCGCCAAAGCAGCAACCAAAGCCAUGAACUCUCUCACCACUCUGCUGCAGAACGACGACGUUGCUCCUCGAAUCCCUCUUCUUAUCGAAACCAUGAAGAACCCCUCGACACAGACCCUCCAGAAGGCCAUCCACGCCCUUUCUCAAACCACAUUCGUCGCCAUCGUCACUUCGCCUGUCCUCGCCCUUCUCACUCCUCUGCUCGAGCGUUCUUUGAACUCGCCGAGUACGAGUCAGGAAGUGUUGAGACAGACCGUCGUUGUGGUGGAAAACUUGACAAAACUGGUUCACGACCCGGUUGAAGCACGAACGUUCCUGCCCAAGCUGCAGCCAGGUGUGCAAAAAGUGGGGGAUAACGCUUCACUGCCGGAAGUCCGAGAACUGGCCACAAGAGCGGUAGCUGUCAUGAAGAAAGCCAUGGGUGACGACAAAGACGGAGUUACUGCUGGCCAGAUCGCUCGCACCAGCACCGACGAUGUUCUGAAAGUUUUGGACCAACAGAUUCGAGCCCAUGGCGGCAUCCAGAAGGAAGAUCAGGCCAUCUGGAAACAGGGCCAGAUUUACGUCUCCGACAUGGUCAAAGAAGAUGUCAACCUCAGGGUCUUCUCACGCGUCCCCGGCCGAGUUGGCCCCUACUUGAAGUAUCUGUUGCCGGAAGACAAGUGUACAGCUGUUGCCGAUGGGGUGCAGAAAUUCUAUGUCGACGAAGACCACAAAAGGUUUGGCGCCCCGGUGGUGGAAAAUCCCGACGAGGUGGAGGUUGUCAACGCCGAAUUCUCCCUGGCUUAUGGUGGCAUGUUGCUGCUCUCGCACACCAACCUUCGUCUGUUGAAAGGUCACAGAUACGGACUUUGCGGACGCAACGGUGCCGGCAAGUCUACAUUGAUGCGGAGCAUUGCAAGUGGCAAACUGGAGGGGUUCCCUCCGCAAGACGUACUCAAGACGUGUUUCGUCGAGCACAAUCAAGGCGAAGAUGCCGACAUCAGCAUCCUCGACUUUGUCUCCAAAGAUCCCGAGAUCGCCAAAGAGGGCCGCGAGCGUAUUUCGGAAGUUCUCAGCGAAGUCGGCUUCACCGCCGGUCCUGAAGGCCGGCAGUCGCACAAGGUCGGCUCGUUGUCUGGAGGGUGGAAGAUGAAGCUGGCUUUGGCGAGAGCUAUGUUGAUGCGCGCCGACGUCUUGCUUCUGGACGAGCCGACUAAUCAUCUCGAUGUUGCCAACGUCAAGUGGCUUCAAGAAUACUUGAAGACCCACAACGAGAUUACAUCCUUGAUUGUGUCUCACGACUCCGGGUUCCUCGACGAGGUCUGCACGGACAUCUACCACUACGAACAAAAGAAAUUGGUUCACUAUAAGGGUAACCUGGCGGACUUUGUCAAAGUCAACCCCGAAGGCAAGAGCUACUACACCCUGUCAGCGAGCCAGGUCCAGUUCAAAUUCCCUCCUCCGGGUAUUCUGUCGGGUGUGAAAUCAAACACCAGAUCGAUUCUCCGUAUGUCGAACGUCAGCUUCACCUAUCCGGGGGCGACGAAGCCCAGCUUGCAGGACGUUUCCUGUUCAUUGAGUCUGUCGUCUCGAGUUGCCAUCAUCGGCGCCAACGGUGCAGGAAAAUCGACCUUGAUCAAGCUGUUGACGGGUGAAACCAUCCCGCAGACCGGAAAGGUCGAGAAACAUCCCAACUUGCGAAUCGGUUACAUCAAGCAACACGCCCUCGAGCACGUGGAGAUGCAUCUUGAGAAGACCCCCAACCAGUAUCUGCAAUGGAGAUACGCCAACGGCGACGAUCGUGAAGUGUUGAUGAAGGCCACUCGUGCGCUCACCCCCGAAGACAAGGCCCAGAUGGACAAGUGGAUUGACCUGGGAGACGGCAACCCGCCGCGACAGAUUGAAAACUUGAUGGGUCGACAGAAAUACAAGAAGACGUUCCAGUACGAAGUCAAAUGGAGACACAUGCUCCCCAAGCAAAACACCCAGGUCUCCCGAGAGACGCUUCUGGAGUGGGGUUUCCAGAAGCUGGUGCAAGAAUUCGACGAUCACGAAGCCUCGCGAGAAGGCCUGGGCUACCGCAUCCUCGAGCCCAAGGUGAUCUCCAAGCACUUUGAAGAUGUCGGCUUGGAUCCCGAGAUCGCCAACCACAACCAGAUUUCCGGCCUGAGUGGUGGUCAGAAGGUCAAGGUCGUGCUGGCCGGUGCCAUGUGGAACAACCCGCAUCUGUUGGUUCUGGACGAACCGACCAAUUUCUUGGACCGAGACUCUCUGGGUGGUCUGGCCGUCGCCAUUCGAGAAUACAAGGGUGGUGUCGUCAUGAUCAGUCACAACGAAGAGUUUGUCGGCGCGCUGUGUCCGGAACAGUGGCACGUUGCUGACGGGAGGGUGACGCACAAGGGUCAUCUCGCCGUCGAUCUCAACCGAUUUGAAGACUCGCGCCCUGGCUCCAGCAAUGUCAGCUCGGUCGUCUCGAGUGCCACUGCCUCGGCGGUCAAUUCGGGUGUCGAGGACAACAGCGACAUGAACUUCCGGGCCAAGAAGAAGAAGAAGUUGACCCGAGCCCAAUUGAAGGAGAGAGAAGUCCGGCGCAGAUUGCGACAGUAA